GAUCUUUGACCGACAAUCAUCAACAUUCCGUUAACAGACGAUCUCUUUCACCAUGGGGUGCGACUGUGAAUCAUGCAUAGCGAAAACGCUACUGUCCGUUUUCAAUUUCCUAUUCUUUGUCCUAGGAACGAUCGUGCUUGGCGUAGGCGUAUGGGUGGCAACAGAUAAAGCAUCGUUUAUAGCGUUACUGAAAAUGGUCGAAAAUGAUCAGCUUGAGCAUUUCACGCAACCAGCAGUGAUAGAGCAGCUAGCUUAUCUGCUGAUUGUAAUCGGUUCGGUGAUGUUCUUCCUCAGCUUCCUCGGAUACUGUGGCGCGAUACGGGAAAGCCAGUGCCUUCUUACAACGUACGGUCUAUUUUUGCUGGUCAUUCUUGUAGCAGAAGUGACUGCCUUCGGUUUGGCCGCUGCGUACAAAGAUCGCGCACGAACAGAAACCAAAAACUACCUCCAGACCACGAUCUCCAACUACUACACAAGCAACGAACGCAACCAAACGGACGCUGUUACGUUAAUGUGGAACUACAUGAUGUCGGAGCUGCAUUGCUGUGGUGUGGACGACUAUCGGGACUUUGCACUGUCCGAGAAAUGGAAUGAAAGCAAACGGGACAAAAUUAUACCGACGGCCUGCUGCGUGCAGACGGCUCUUUUCCAGCCGCAGGACAAAAACUGUCCCUUCUCGCCAACGGAAACCAACAGUUACUUCAAGAAGGGAUGCUAUAAUGCACUCACCGACUGGAUCAUGUACAACCGUAACCUGGUCAUCAUUAUUGCCAUCGCAGUCGGCUUAACGCAACUGUUGGCCAUAUUCCUGGCAUUCUGUCUGUGCAAAUCGAUUGAAAAAUAUCGAGGAAUGCGAUUGUAGA